AUGGAGGAGGUGAUGGAGGAGGUGAUGGAGGAGGUGAAGGAGGAGGACACGAUGCCAGUGGAGCGGAUGCGGAUGAAGCCGUGGCUUGAAGAACAAAUCGAAUCCGCUCAGAUCCCUGGACUCAAGUGGCUCAAUAAAGAAAAGAGAAUUUUCCAGAUCCCGUGGAUGCACGCGGCUCGACACGGCUGGGACUUGGAGAAGGACGCUCCGCUGUUCAUGAGAUGGGCCAUUCACACAGGCAAAUUCCGGCCUGGACUGGACCGGCCCGACCCGAAGACGUGGAAGGCAAAUUUCCGGUGUGCAAUGAACAGUUUACCGGACAUCGAGGAGGUGAAGGACAAGAGCAUCAAAAAGGGAACCAACGCUUUUAGAGUUUACAAAAUGUUGUCGUCUUUAGAACGAAACAUGAGGAAAGGAAAAAAGAGAAUCGACAAAGAGAUAAGGGUGAAGAGCAAAGUGUUGAGUUCAGAGCAGUUCAUGUCAGAACAUGGGCCCCUAGACUACACCAAACCAGACCUGUCCCGAGUCAAACGGGAAUCUCCGGAAGAUGACGGCGCAGCAGCGCUGCACAGUUCGGGCGAGGGCCACAUGGUUUUGUCAGAGCAGUUACCGUACGUGUGUCAAACUGUGGAAGUGACGACGGACGCGAGCGAGGAGCAGACCGUGUCGUCAUCUCACUCCUACCCCCUCCAGAUCUCCCCGGUCUCCUCAUACGGCAGCGACACAGAGAGCGACACGGAGGAGACUCAUAGAUACAACGACGCCCUCUGGAGGCUGAGCGGAGCGUCGCCCGUGCUGCGGCUGCCCCCCGGCUCUCUGCCUGGAAUGUCCACCUUCGUCACCAACAGCAAACCCAACUUCAGAGUGACCAGCACCCGCGACCCCGCCCCCCUCAUCAGCUACCACUCCGAGCCCUGGACCCCCACCUGCAUAGCCCCGCCCCCACCCGCCCCCCACGAAACCCGGGUCAGCGUCAUUAGGAAAACCUCUGAUGUCACGUCGUCGUCCUGA